AUGUUAUCCACGUGGACUGAUAUAUCAAAUUUGAAAAAGCCAUUAAAAUUCAAUGAAUUUUCAGUUAAUUUCAACACUGAUUUGUAUAAUGCAAAGCCACUACCAAAUGAUAUUCAGAAAAAACUAGAUAACAGAUGGAACGAAUUACUUGAUGAUGAUAAGCCAGGACGUAUCUUAUAUAAUGAAUCGAAAUUUCGGUUGCAUUCUGUUGAUUGGAAAACAAAUGAAGAUGAUGAUUCAAAACAACUUAUUCUUAAUCUAGGGUUAACUGAUUACAAAUCAUUUAUUUGUACUCAACAACAAAUUUUACCUGAUGAAAUUCGUCAGCAUAUAGAAGAGGAUCAUUUAUCACAUCCACUUGGCGUUGGCUGUCUUCUGAUUACAUCUGAUAGUUAUUUUGUCUUUGUUAAGCGAAGUUCUGCUUGCAUUGACUCGCCACAUAUGUAUGAUAUACCAGGCGGCCAUGCUGAACCAAGGAAUUUAAAAACAAAUUCAAAGGAAGAUAUCAUCGAAGAAAUAAUUUCAUCGACAAUAGCUGAAUGUGUUGAUGAAACCAAUGUCGAUAGGAAUAGUCUUCUUGUUGAUUCAUUUUUCUUCGUUAUUGCUGUCGUACGUAAUCAAACUCAAUACGGUCGACCGUCGAUUGAAUUCUGUCUCAGAACAUCGAUGACAUCAAACGAAUUACAGCAACGUUACGAUCUUCAAACACACAUUGAAGCGAAUGAAACGAGCGAAUUAAAAUUCUGGCCGAUAAAUAAAAUAUCUGAUCUUUUAAAUUCUUCUCAAACACUUCUUUCGAUUACACCAGCUUGCCAUUAUAAUCAAUGGCUAUUCACUGUUGAACAAUUAAAAGAAUUACGUACAAAAGCAAAUAAUGAUUAUAUUAGAAAAAGUAAUUCUACAAAUUGUUUAACAGUUGAUGAAGAAGCUAUGGUUUUACGUUAUUAUGAAUUACAACUGAAAGAUUUUUGUGAAAAAUUCGAACCACCGAUGACUAAAAUGGCUAUUGCUGUUUGUAUGCAAUAUUUCAAAAGAUUCUAUUUAAAUAAUUCUGUUAUGGAUUAUCAUCCAAAAGAUAUAUAUCUAAUAUGUGUCUAUUUAACAUGUAAAACAGAAGAAUUACGAAUAUCAAUAACAGAUUUUGUUGCCAAUAUUAAAAAUGAUCCUGAUCUUGAUAUAAUAGGAGAUAUUCUUUUAUCGUAUGAAUUAUUACUUAUUGAGAAACUCAAAUUUCAACUUGUUAUACAUACUGCAUAUAGACCAUUUGAAGGACUUGUGAUUGAUUUGAAGACUCAUUAUUUACGUGACAAUGUCAAUGAUGCUGAUCGAUUACGUUUAACUGGUUAUAAAUUUCUCGAUGACACAUUAUUAACCGAUGUCUAUUUUCUUUUUCCACCAUCACAAAUUGCCUUGACAGCCCUUUUAUUUGCUUCAGUAAAAGCAACGGUACAAAUAGAUGAAUACAUUCUUAAGCACAUAUAUGGAUCAUUAGAAUCAGUUCAAAUGCAAAAUAUUAAAGAAACAAUUCGAUUGAUUGCAAAUGCUGUUAGAGAAAAAGUUAAGUAUAAGAAAGGUGAAGUCAAACAAGCAGUCGAAAAAUUAGAUAAAUGUUAUAAUAUCCUUAAUGAUCCACGUUCAGAAGAAUAUAAAAAGAAACGCUUCGAACAAUUUCAAAGCAUAACUGAUUAUGAAGCAAAACAUUUGCCUUGA